GUUUUUCGAGACAGGGUUUCUCAAGACAGGAUUUCUUUGUGUAGCUGACCUGGAACUAACUCUGCAGUCCAGGCUGGCCUUGCACUCAAGAGAUCCACCUGCCUCUGCCUCCUGAGAUGCCCGGAAAAGGCUUGGCCAUCGCCUCCUGGCUGCCCGGUUUUCUUAUGAACACUUUUUUUCUACUUUUGAGACAUCAUCUCACUACAUAGCUGACUUGGACUAACUUGAAUUCAGAGAUCUGAAACUCUGGGAUUAAAGGCGCCACCCAGCGACCAGGAGAAGGCGCUUCACCCCUUAGCUGAGGCGAAGGCCGACACCUCGAGGCCCCGAGGGCUUGUCUGGACCGCCCAGCGGCUCCGGCAGGAUCCUAUGAGGCUACAGAUCCACUGAGCAGCAGAGAUCGGCCGAAAGCGGCCGCCCGCCCCGCCCUCCUCUGCGCAGGCGCGUCCUCAGGCUCCCGCCCUGUAAGAUUCCCGUCGGGCCUUCGCUCGCGGCGACCGGCGCUUCUGGUGACGUCACGGACUCCGGACGCCCUCAUUGGUUUAUUUCAAUAGUCGCGGGCUACUUGAACUACAAGACCAGCAGCCGGCGGGCGGCGCGCAGCUCGCGGCUCCUGGGCUCUACGCUCCUCCCGCCUGCAGCCUCUGCUCCGCGGGUCGGCCGCCAGGGUCCCGCGCUGCUCCGGAGCGGCGGGCGCUGUGCACGCUCUGCCGCCGACAGAACCGGACCGGAGCCGCGAUGCCGGGCACCUCGAGGCAUUCGGGUCGCGAUGCGGGCUCAGCCCUGCUCUCGCUGCAUCAGGAAGACCAAGAGAAUGUCAACCCCGAAAAACUGGCGCCAGCCCAGCAGCCGCGGGCGCAGGCGGUGCUGAAGGCCGGGAACGUGCGUGGACCCGCGCCGCAGCAGAAGCUCAAGACUCGACGGGUUGCUCCUCUUAAGGACCUUCCUAUAAACGAUGAGCAUGUCACUGCUGGUCCUUCAUGGAAAGCAGUCAGUAAACAGCCUGCCUUCACCAUUCAUGUGGAUGAAGCAGAAGAGACUCAGAAGAGGCCAGCUGAGCUUAAAGAAACAGAGUGUGAAGAUGCCCUGGCUUUUAAUGCAGCUGUCUCUUUACCCGGAGCAAGAAAACCACUGACACCUCUUGACUAUCCAAUGGAUGGCAGUUUUGAAUCACCACAUGCUAUGGAUAUGUCUAUUGUCUUAGAAGACAAGCCAGUGAACGUUAAUGAAGUACCUGACUAUCAAGAAGACAUUCACACGUACCUUAGGGAAAUGGAGGUUAAAUGUAAACCUAAAGUGGGUUACAUGAAGAGGCAGCCAGACAUCACUAACAGCAUGAGGGCCAUCCUUGUGGACUGGCUGGUUGAGGUGGGAGAAGAAUAUAAACUACAGAAUGAGACCCUGCAUUUGGCUGUGAACUACAUUGAUAGAUUCCUCUCCUCCAUGUCUGUGUUAAGAGGGAAGCUUCAGCUUGUAGGCACGGCUGCUAUGCUGCUAGCUUCGAAGUUUGAAGAAAUAUACCCCCCAGAAGUAGCAGAGUUUGUGUAUAUUACAGACGAUACCUAUUCCAAGAAGCAGGUUCUGAGAAUGGAGCACCUAGUAUUGAAAGUCCUUGCUUUUGACUUGGCUGCACCAACAGUAAAUCAGUUCCUUACCCAGUACUUCCUGCACCUGCAGCCUGCAAACUGUAAGGUUGAAAGCUUAGCAAUGUUUUUGGGAGAACUGAGUUUGAUAGAUGCUGACCCGUACCUUAAGUACCUGCCUUCACUCAUUGCUGGAGCUGCCUUCCACUUGGCUCUCUACACAGUCACAGGACAGAGCUGGCCUGAGUCAUUGGCACAACAGACUGGAUAUACCCUGGAGAGUCUUAAGCCUUGUCUUGUGGACCUUCACCAGACCUACCUCAAAGCGCCACAACAUGCCCAACAGUCAAUACGGGAAAAGUACAAGCAUUCAAAAUAUCACAGUGUUUCUCUUCUCAACCCACCAGAGACACUAAGUGUGUGAGUGAAAGACUGCCGGCUUUGUUUGAAACAGGAGUCGCUCGGAGUCCAUGCUGUACAGUUUUUAUGUCGGGUUUUAGUUUCACAAUCACUUCUGAAUGUAGAUGGUAUAGCCACAGACAAAUUAUGGUAUCCAUUGCUUUUAAAAUGGUUUUAAUUUGUAUAUCUUUUGUACAUGUGUCUAUUUGGAUAAUUUUAAUUGGUUAACAUUGGUGCUGCCAACUGUCAAGAUAUUGAGAAUAAACUGAUUUGGAAAUCUUUGCAAGUCAAAGUUAAUCUGAGAUAAAAAUAUGAAUGAUGUCGUUUAGAAACUAACUUGAUUUGUUUUAUUGUACAGUGGGGAGUAGGAAAAGAUUUUAUAAAACUAAAAUAUUUCAGGGAAAAAGACCUUCAAAUUCUGGCAUUGAUUGAUUAUUCUAAGCAACCAAACCAAACUGCUGACUUGUUCAUAAAUAACCAAAAGUAGACAAACUGUUUUCAAUGUAGCAGAACUCAUUCGGCUCUCAGAUGUUACAGUAGUUUAUGGAGACAUUUUAUUUAUCAACUUUAACAAAUAAGGUCUUACAUGAGUUGGGAAGCUUGUGCAACAGAAAAGUUUUCCAGAAAGUUUAUUCAAAGCAUAAUGUUAAAGACAAACAGUGUAUCAAGAAGUUCAGCUUGUAAGAUACCCAGAGCUGUUAGCACUGAGUAUGUAUACACACACACACACACAGAGAUCCACCACUUUAGCUUAGUUAGCAGUUCUCUUCUUCUUCUUCCUUUUCCCUUGGCCUUUACUUGGUGCCUUCUGGUUUGCACUGGUCUGAGCUCUGUGAAUGAAGUAAUAUAACAGCUCACUGUAUCCCAUCUGUCCUGGAUUGGGUCACUGGGACUCUGAAAGGUGCCCCAUUUUAUAGAACCAGCUUUUAAUGUAUAUUUGAAAGAGGCCAGAAAUUUGUUACCUUAUUUUCUUUGGGUUCUUCUCUGGCUCCAAAAUAAUCAUUUCUUCUUCUUCACUAUCUGAUAGCACUAUAGGGGCACCUUUGGAAAAGUCCAAAAAAGGAGUUUACUGCUUAAGCACAUCAGAGGUCCUAACGCUCCCAUCUCCAGGCUAAGGGAGCUCCCAAGCUCUACUGCCCGGAGGCUGACACUCUUUCCGAAUCUUACCCUGUUCUAAGUAAGUAGCUCCUUGCAGCUCUGAAAAUUUGUAAAAAUUGAUGUUUUCUAUAAACUCUUUCUUUCCUUUUUCCCCAGAGGACAUGUAGGCCAGAAUGCUCUAAUUCUUGCUACCAGGACUGCCCAUGAAAAAUGUAGAAAACUGCUUUGUUUGCCCAUUUUUCUCUUGAACAGUAAUUAUAUAUGUGUGUAAAUAAAGCAUGCAAAUUAACCCUUUA